AUGAACUUGUACCGAAAAUAUCGACCUUCCGUGUCCUGUUUGGCAUUGAUACUAGUUUUCCUCCUGGCGAUCGUCCCGAUGUCCCGCGGGGAGAUGCGUAAAUCUUGGCAGGCGAAGAGUGCCAACGUACAGAUACAGCUUCUGAAGGCUGCCCGGCUCGACGAGCCACCAAGUGAACCGAAACCGCCAGAAACGGUGCCGAUCGUCGACGAGGAGGAACGUACCAUACCUCAACCGUCGGUCACCGAAGAGUUGUCAACAACGGAAGCUCAGACGCCUAAAACGGCGGCCGAGGUGCCCGGUAUUAAGUCGGCUCAGUUUAGUAGUCGAGUGCGGACCAAGUAUGGUGGGGUGGUGAAACCGGUGAAACCGAUCGAAGCGGACGCAGCACCAACUCCGGAAGUACGCGAUCGGGCUGAACCGCUUUGGAGUUUGGAACCAAACCCGAACGAGAUCCAGAUCGACGACGCCACGGUUCAGGAUGACGACGACGAAGAGGAGGACGAUGAGGAUGACGAUCUGCUCGGAUGGAGUGCGCAAGCCGGGAAGCAUGGCAAAGAGUUUGACCUAAUCGAGAAUAUCCUGGAGGAGGUGGAAGGAAGGGUGAAGCAGGAAAAGCGGCCGAAGGGGCAAUCGCAGAGUGCCCUACCGAGUGAGACUAAGGAACAAACUGUUGAGAAAAUCAAGGAGUACACGUUCCCUCCCGUCCUCAAUAUGACGAUAGACGAGCCGAACAACAUUGUGCGGGUCAAGCUGAACCAGGAUGCCGUCCGUGACAUGCUGAGCACUGGUCGCGAUGGUGGUGGCGGUAUCGGCGGCAAGAAAAUGCUACGCUACAUCCUGCCCCUGUUCAUACUGCCCUUCCUGAUCCAGUCCGCCGUCAUACCGUUCAUGCUGACGGCCGUGAAGCUGUUCCUGCUUAAGUCACUGAUGGCGGGCAAGGUGGCGAUCUUCCUGCUGUUGCUGGGUGCCUUUAAGAACUUUACCAAAAAGGAGUCCCGGGACGUGUACGUGAAGGACGUCCCGGACCGGCGGUACGAACCGUCCAGCGAAGGCUUCGCCUAUCUGGCCGAGGGCCGUCCGAGCAAUUGGGUCAACUAG